AUGGAGAACGCGACAAAAAUGAAACUCAACCGAGAACAUUUUCGCGCCAUAAUUUAUUACAAUUUUCAGAGGCAAUUAUCGCAACAAGAAUGCCUUGCUCAGUUACUGUCUAUUUUCGGCAACGAAGCGCCACAUCACCUUAGCGACGAUCCCAGGGUGGUCACCCAGGAAAACGUCGAUGCUGUGCGCAAACUCAUCAUUGAAGAUAGAUAUGUGACAGAUCGCGAGAUUGAGGCAUCCUUGAAGAUCUCAAAGACCUCAAUUCAAAAAAUUUUACAUGUAGAAUUAGGAGUAAGAAAAUUAGUUUCCCCUUGGAUACCCCACCUGUUGCCUGAAGAGCAGAAAGCAGCCAGGGUUAAUUGGUGUCAAAAAACGCUUGACCGUUUCAAAUCCAGAAACUCAAAAAAUGUGUACAGCAUUUUUAGUGGUGAAGAAUCGUGGAUUUACUGUGAAGAAAAGCCAACAAAAGCCAUCCGUUCUCGAAGUGUUUCGAAAAAGAUGGUCGCGACAUUUGUGUCAAAAGCGGUCAUCACCGAGCUUCGAAAAAUCAUCCCCGAUAGAAGAAUCAUCCUCCACCAAGACAAUGCAAGCUCGCACACAGCCCAAAAAACAAGGCAGUAUUUAACGGAAGAAAACGUAGAAUUAUUGGACCAUCCUCCAUAUAGUCCCGAUCUAAGUCCUAACGAUUUCUUUACUUUCCCGAAAAUUAAAAACAGACUGCGUGGUCAAAGGUUCCAGUCACCGGAAGAAGCAGUUGACGCAUUCAAAAAUGCCGUUUUGGAUCUGCCAGCAAACAAGUGGAAUAAGUGCUUCGAAAAUUGGUUCGAGCGCUUGCAUAUGUGUACUAAUCUUCGUGGAGAAUACUUCGAAAAACAAUAAAGUCAUUUAAAACCAUCUACCGUGUUGUUUUAUUUCCAUAUGCAAAACUUUUUUACGCAGGUACAUACGUUAAACUUGUAACAGCCAAAUUUCUUGAAGAGGUGUUGAAGACACUCGACCUGACCAUUACAAUUCAAUA